AUGUCAAGAUCGUACGACCGAGCGUUGACCGUCUUCUCCCCUGAUGGACAUUUAUUCCAAGUAGAAUACGCCCUUGAAGCCGUCCGAAGGGGAACCUGUGCUGUCGGUGUAAGAGGGAAAUCAUGUGUGGUGUUAGGAGUAGAAAAGAAAUCGACUUUACAAUUACAAGAUCCACGAACGGUCAGGAAAGUAGCUAUGUUGGAUGAUCAUGUCUGUGUGGCUUUUGCAGGCUUAACGGCAGAUGGUAGAAUAUUAAUCGACAAAGCCAGAGUUGAAUGUCAAUCUCACAGAUUAACGGUUGAAGAUCCAGUCAGUAUUGAGUAUAUCACAAAGCAUAUUGCAGGUAUUCAACAGAAAUACACUCAAUCAGGUGGUGUGAGGCCAUUCGGAAUCUCAACUCUGGUAGUUGGUUUUGAUCCCAAUGAUACUGUACCUAGACUGUAUCAGACUGAACCCAGUGGUAUCUACUCGGCUUGGAAGGCAUGUUCGAUCGGUCGAGCAUCCAAGACGGUCCGAGAGUUCCUCGAAAAGAACUACACCGAAGACUUGCCACGGGACGAAGCUAUCAAGUUGACUGUCAAAUCGCUGCUUGAAGUGGUACAGACCGGUGCGAAGAACAUUGAGAUUAGUGUGAUGGAGAGUUAUGGAGUGAUUACUAACCUCGAACAAUCCGAGAUCGAAAAUAUAGUAUCCCAAAUAGAAUCUGAGAAAGAAGCCGAAGCGGAGAAGAAGAGACAACGACUUGCAGCCACUCAAGCUGGUCAAGCUUCUAUGGCAAUGGGUUCAGCAGCUGUAUCAGGUACUCAGACUCCUGCUGCUGGUGGCGCUGGAGAUGGAGAGGGCCAUGCGACUGUACCAGGAGAAGAGACUGGUGUGCAAUAG